AUGGAAGCAGCACUUCAGAUCAAUUCCGCCCAUGCUCACCAACUCUUUCAACAUCGAGUAAUUGCCUUCAAUUUCAAAUGGCAAGCCAUUCCUCAUGAACAAUUGAAAUUAAAUCCAAAUGUCCUUCAAGAUGGCACUCACGAUGAACAUUUAACUCCAAGAAUGGUCAUUUUCCUCCUUGAACCUCAUAACAAGUAUUUAUCCACGCUCGACAAUCACCAUGAAAUCGAAACGAAUGAAAAUUCUUCUUCAGAUCCAGCACUUGGAAAUUCUUCUUCUUCUUGCAUGAAGGAGAUUUCAGAUUUGGAAUUUAUCCAAAGAUAUACCAAACAAGUCGAUCAAGCAAGAGAAGGAUUCGAUGAAUACUUUGAUUAUCUUAAAAAACAUCAACUCGUUUCCUCUCUCAAGGUGCAUGAUUCUUACUAUGAACGAUGGACUCAAUUCAACCAACAAUAUUCCAAAGAUUCAUCGAAACUUGAAAUGUCAACCGAAACCUCUCAACCAUUCUCAUUGAAAGAUAUAGACGAAGGUUCAUUUGUGUUUUUGGUAAAAACACUCAAUGAUGGAACUCUUGCAUUGAGAGGAGAUUCUAAACAUUCCAUGAAAUAUGAUGUGAGUGGAACUUUGGCUUUCAGUGUGAAACAUGUUGUUGUGAAUGGAGAAUUUAUGAAAAUGGGUUUAACUGGUUCUGGAUGGGUUCCACCAAAAUUUAGAGGAAUUCAUGAAACCAAGUUAAUUCCAUGGUUUUUGCAUUUGUACAUGUUUAAAGAAAUGGGUGUAAGAUAUUAUGCUCAUGUGUUUGAAGAAAACACAAGAUGUUUGGGAUUUGUUGAAAAAACAGGUCUCUUCCCAUCCAAACUCAGGAUGAACUUUAUUGGUGUGAAACUCCCCUUGUCAACAAAUGCUAAAGAAAUGUCAUCAAAUGCUUCAAUAACAAGAGUUGACACAUUUGACAAGUUCAAUUCAUUGAUGAGAAAACUUUAUGGAACUGGUAAUUUUUUGGUCGAUCGAUUGGAAAAUAUAUACUUUCAUCCUAAUUUUGAAGGAUGUUUCUUGGAUGAAAAGAACAAUUUCACUUUCCAAAUCUGGAAGGGUAAAUACGGUGUGGAUGCAAUAAGUAAUGAACAAUAUCCAGCAUUCAUGAUCAUGAACAUGACUCAAGCACAUGCCCCCAUCGACGUAACUUGUCAACAACUUGAAAUUAUUCAAAAUUACCUUCAAAAUGACUUAAUCCCAAAGUUGAUCCUUUCAAGAAAUUUCACCAACACUUCACACACUUAUCUGUACCAUGUGACAAACAGUCAUGCCAUGAAAAUUGCACUCUGUGAAAGAUAUCUCGAUCACCCAUCUCUUUCAGUGGCCUUCUUGGCUUACACUUUUCAAGACAAUGACAUGUUCAUGCACUACAUUCCAAAGUCCAAAAACUCUUCUGAAACUUCCUCCACAACCGCUCCAUCUGUUCCAAAAAGUGAACCAGUUUGGAAUUUUGUGAUGGGAGAAUAUAUCACUUUUGAUAAGAAUAUGAACUUGUUUUUGGAUCCUAGAGACUGUACCAGUAAACCCUUAGUGUGGAGUGAGGACAUCAAAUGCUCACUUUCCUUAUUGGGUGACAAAAAACUGUGGUCCACAACGAGUGGUGCUCCAAGCACAUCCAUCCAACCACAAUCAACAGACAAAACCUCUACCGACCUAUCUUCAUCUUGUGCUACAUCCUCCUCUAACAAUAGUAACGUCAUUCCACAACAAAUCUCUCCUUCUUCCAAACUCGACACUCCAUCAGAGACUCCAAAACACUUGCAAAGCGCAUUCUAUUCCUCUUCUCAAAUGGUCCUUAAUUGUGACUCCCACUCUGUUGUUGACUCUUUAUGGAGUGAAAAAGAUGUCCAAUUUGUGAAUCUCAUAAGUGGUUGA